GACCGCGAUGACUACGAGGCCAAGAAUGCAGCACUGCGAGACGAGUUGUCACACUUGAAACUGUCGUAUAAAGAGCUCGACGACCAAUUGAACGGUCACCUCGACAUGCUUGAGACCUCAGAGAACAAAGUAAGGGAAUUGGAAAAGGAGAUAGAGGCUCAGACAGAAGAUCUUCAGGCUUUGGCUAGCGAACGUGACGAAGCGCUGGAGCUGCUCCAAGACAAGGAACAGGAAUGCGAAGAGCUGAGACAGGAAGCCUUGGACACUGUACAGCGGCUGGAAAUCGAGCUU